GAUCACACAGCCCUACUUAGAAGACAACCUACAUGACUGACCUUUGUUCCACCUUCAAGCAGCGUCAUGACCCACGACCUCGUACAUCCAUUUACGACACAAACAUAAAACCUCCUCGAGUUCCAUGUCUCUUCAUCCUUCCUCCCAAACAAGUGCAUCGAUGGAGAGAGUCGUCGCUCCCUCUCAAGCCAUUCUCAUUGUUGUGCUACUACUACUACUACUCUCCCUCUCUCCUUCCCGCCCUGAUCCCGACCUCCUUCUCGACUAUUGCGUCGCCGACGUCGCUGCCCAGACCUUCCACCUUAAUGGUCGCCCCUGCAUCGAUCCUACCCUCGCCCGGUCUGCCCACUUCGCCACCUCAGCGCUCUCCCAACCCAACGGUGCCGCCGCCACUGCCCUCUUCGGCUUCAGCGUCACCACCACCAACGCCACCACACUCCCCGGCGCCAACGCGCAGGGCCUGGCGAUGGCCCGUGUCGACAUCGUCGGCGGCGGCCUCGUCCCGCCCCACGCCCACCCCCGCGCUUCCGAGGCAGCGCUGCUCCUCCGGGGGACGCUGCUGGUGGGAUUCGUCGACACCUCACACCGCCUCUACACCCAACAACUUCGUCCCGGCGAUACGUUCCUGUUCUCCAGGGGGUUGGUCCACUUCCUGUACAAUCUUGACCCGACGACGCCGGCGGUGGUGCUGUCGGGGUUCAACAGCCAAAAUCCCGGGGCACAGCUCGCCUCCACGACAUUGUUCCGGUCGGACCCGCGGUUUCCGGAGGAGGUCUUGAAGAAGGCCUUCAAGAUUUCUGGGCAGGAUGUGCAGAGGAUUCAGAGGAACCUCGGGGGAUGAUGAUGUUGUCGAACGCAUGCACAAAAUCUAUGAACAUGACUAAACUUGCGAUCGAACACCGUUCUAUCACUGUUAUACCAAUAUGCGUGAUCUUGAAAUCUUACUGUUAUAAUGGCAUUCCACUAAA